UUAAAUACACUGGACGUACCACAAAUCCAAACACUGUGUUUGUGUUCUCGUGCGGUGCGGUUCUCGUUUUCUCCCCUGACUAUUUUGCGCUAAUUUUUGUCAACAACCCACAUUUUCCGAAUACAGCAAUAAAAAGAAAUAAACGGAGUAUACAUACAAGGAGCAUCAAUCAUUCAAAUCAUCCAGCUAAAGCCCAUAUAACCGUUAAGCGUUAUAUAAAUUAAACAAAUAAGUUUAAAAAAAAAACUACAAAAAAACCAGAAACAAAAUGUCUGCAGCCACAGAACAACAGAAUAACGGUGAUGUUGCCGUCGAGAAGGUGGCCGUCAAGGACGACGUCGCCGCGGUGAAGGACGAUCUCAAAGCCAAGGCAGCCAGCGAGGAUAAGGCAGCAGCAGAUGCCGCUGGCGACGCGGUCGCCGAUAACGGUACGGCAAAGGACGGCGAGGAUGCUGCCGAUGCCGCUGCCGCGCCCGCUAAGGAAUCAGUGAAAGGCACCAAGAGGCCAGCAGAAGCCAAAUCCGCCGAAUCAAAGAAGGCCAAGAAGGCCGCCGACGGCGAUUCCGACGAGGAGGAAGCUCUGGAAGAAAUUAUCGAGGGCGACAGUGAAAUCGAGAGCGACGAAUACGACAUACCCUAUGAUGGUGAGGAGGAUGACAUUGAAUGUGAUGACGAUGAUGAUGAUAACGACGAUGGCUCCGGCUCGGACGAUCAGGCGUAAUAAUAAUGUAGUCAAAAAUACAACAAAACAAACAAACAAUUUAAAUUAAUAAUAAAUAAAAGU